UGUACGCUCGAAACCGGCAGUGGUUUUUAAGGUGGUUGGGGUUUGCGUUCAAACAUAUUUCAUGCACCUUAUCUAAACUCAAAAACGAGUGAUUUAGGAAUGUGUACACUCAACAUGGGCGAUGCUUAAUUUACAGUUACAAUAACAAAGUUGCAUGACAAGUAAGUCGCUGCUGAAUCGCACACGAUCCGCUCUGUUCAGCGACUCAUGAGGAGUAUUUGAGACUCAACAUGAACGUGGGACAUGUCGUCAUAGUGUUGUUUGUGGUGCUACUAAUCGGCCAUACGUUCGGCAAUACCGACGAUUGGAAUGCUAAGGUUGAAUAUUUCGAGAAAGCCGAGCUACGGUGUCAUGGAUCAGACGUGGGUUCGACGGCGGUUCGCCUGUGGAUACUGCCCUCCGGAGAAAUAAUAUAUGCGACACCUGGCAUGACGUGGUCAAAUGGUCACAUAAGUGUUAAAGACGACGGGUUUACGCUUGAAAUAAUGCGCGUAGACGACGAAGACUUUGGGCUAUACUUCUGUAUCCUAGCAACUGGCACGAACUCGUCGGUAGUCAAGAAAGGCCUGAACAUCGACGGACCGUACUAUGGCGAAGACCACUGGGACGCUAUCAAGCACAGCGCUAUAAUUGGCGGUGCGUCGGCGGCCGCGGCUCUGCUGAUACUGAUUUUCAUUUGGAUAGCUUGCAGGUACUGUCAACAUAAAAGGCUGACGGUAGAGAAGCGUGGGAUCGAAAACGCCUUAGAGAAUAACAAGGACGCAGUUACAACGCCGACUUCCAAACUGGACGACAGCAUUUAUUACGUCGCCGAUGGAAUGAAUGAAAGCCAAAAGGCGACGGUGCAUGUGACGAAACAAGAGGAGAUAACACUGGACGCUUUCACGGAUGCGGGUCAUUAUCAAUCAAUUGACAGCCUUGGUAGGGACGCAAAGCCACAGUUCACGGACUUGGCGACUCUGGAUCCAGCCGAUAUUCACGCCAGGUAUGUCAAUGAUGUGCAUGGAAAUCAAUCCGCAAGCGGUUCCUUAUCCGGUUCGGAGUCCGGCGUUAUGAACUUCGGCUUUGAAAAUAACUACGAAGAUGCCUAUGCUAAUGUUGUUAAGGAACAACAUAAUGCGGCUGCACCCGCUUUCGAUUCUGACGUGGUCAUUGAGACGACAGGCACCAACGUGCCCGUCAUGUCGACGUCGAUUCAGUCCACGUGUGACCUUCCGACCCCAAAGGAUCAUGACUCUCUCGAAUAACAUUUUGACAAUGAAGAUCGGACGCUGUGCUGAUAUUCGUUUUUUUAUGUAAGACUAAUGUUGAUAUGCUAAUUACAGUUGUGUAUACCGGCAUGUUUAAAUAGAAUUAGGUCUAGGCUUAAUACGCAUGGUCACUUUAAGAAUGAAUGAUUGGAGAAUAGCUUGGUGGAUUGGGGAAAUGUUCUGUGUUACUAUAUAUUUUUACAUUUAUAUGAGCUGUUCUCUGUGAAAAAAAAAAUUUUGUCCGCACAGGCUAAUCGGGGAAGACACUUUUUGCCUUAACUGGAUUUUUGCUAAGAAGAGACUUCCUUGAAACGCAAAUUAUCCAAAAGGCGGAAUGGGUCGUAUCUGAUUAGCCUGUGUGGACUGCACAGGCUAAUCUGGGACGACACUUUUACGCACAUGCAUUUAACCCCUUUUUCAUAGAGCAACGCCAAUUGAUAUAUUUUCAAACGAUGUUUAUCACAUUCUUAAAAAAAUAAGUUGAUUUUUUCCUUCUCCCAAAAUAGGUGUCGGCCAAUCUUUUAUUCGUUAUUUGUUUUCACUACUGUACACGUUAAUUUUCGAAAAUAACUUAUGAUCAAGUGAAGCGAAAAUGUACGAAAACUUAGAUGAAAAAACAAUCUAAAGUGAAUGGUCGGCACUAACAACGUGUUUCUGCCGGGUCAUUGAGAAACAAAAAUCUUUACAGGUUCGUUGUUAUUACUAGUUAACAUAAGGGUUUUAUUAAUAGUUUGCAAUCUUAAACCAUUGUUAAAUUAAGUAACAAUAGAUAUGUAUCGUGUAAGAUGCGAAAAGACGGUUAGCCUUGUAAUGUUAUAUGUAUAAUGCGUAUGUUGUAUGUAUACGCGAUAAACGAUGAGAUGUU